UUAUGAAAAUUGUCUCCAGAGUGAAAAAUGACUCUUCCAUGGUUCUUUAUUGUACCCGUGUAAGCAAACACACAUCAUUAUUCCUCCACACACACACACACAUUGCAGGUCAGAAUAUGCUUCCUCAUUGCCUUGUGUGUGAAUUCACACCAUUUCUAUACUACAUGGAACAGUACCCAACUAUUCUCAGAUUCAUUUUUAAAAUAAAAACCCUUCUGCUUUUUAGCCUACUUCAAAGCACUGUUUUUGCUGAGCUGUUUCUCAAUGUCUUGCUGUGCUGUCAUUCUGAAAUGUUAAAUUUAGUUUUGUAACAGGAGGAACACCAGGGUAGUGUAAAGAGUGAUAACUGAUUUAAUUGCAGUCUUUUUUUCCUACUCUUCAGGUCCCUUGAAAAAGUUCUCAAAAGUUGUGCAGCAAUAUCAACAUUUAGCUUUCAGUUGCCAAGCUACUAAAAUUGACAAACUUGACUGUAUGAGAAAAAGUGAAAUACUGGUGUCAUUGUUUUAAUCAUUUUCGUUGUGUGCUUCAGGACAGUGAGCAGUUAUCUGAAAAACACCCAUUGACCUCCAAACAGACGAUAUUCAUACAUUUAUACAGAAAAAACAUUAUAAACUCCUCAACUGAAAAUCAGUAUCUCAUCCCUUUCAGGCAGAGCUGCAUUUAAAUUAGUCAUUUCUCAGAGCGAGCCUGGUAAACAUUGGACUCAGAACUCACUUUAUUUUCAGCACGUACAAACAUUCCAGAAUGUUUGUGGUCCAAUGCCAAGCAUGAAGUACAUAACAUUACAGAAGACACAGUGUAAGACUUCUAAGACAAUAAAUUAACAUAAGAACUAGUGCAAGAACCAAAAACAGUUUUUCAAUGUAGUGCAAGUUGAAACAAUAUUGCACAUAUACCAUGAGGGAAGAUGUCAGACAAAGGGAAGAGAGGCAUUGUCUUUGGGGGAGUGGAUUGCACCUUGGUGACGGAUUCCUGAGGCACUAGGCAAGUUUAUUUAGGAGCUGGAGGGCUACGGAGAAGAACCUGCAGAGAUAAUGUGAGGUCCAGGUUGUGAUACACUUGUACCUCCUCUGUAAUGGCAGUUUGGUGAUGAGGUGACUACCUGGGUGAAAGGAAUCAACAGCAAUCUUUCCAGCUCUUCUCUUGACUCUGCAAGUGAACAGGUCUUCUUGGGUUGGCGGCUGACAGCCUGUGAUUUUCUCAACUGAUCAAACCACACAUUGUAAUCUGGUCUUGGAGGGAGCAAAAAAGUAGGAGGCGAUGGAGGAUGUCGUGACACUCCCAGUGAUGCUGAUGAGGAGUUGAAGUUCAGCAGGCUACAUUGGGAGAUGUUGAGCUUCUUGAGAGGGUGUAGGAGGAGCAGAAAUAUCUGGCCGUCCUUUAUGAUGGAGGUGACUUGCAUGUCCCACAUGAAUGUCCUGGUGAUGCUGGUCCACAGGAAUUUGAAUGACUCGACCAAAGAUACGGCUGGGCUAUUAAUAUCCAGGGGAAGGCAGGCAGGGGCUUGGUGGUGGGAGACGGCUCUCAUUUCCCUGUCUUGACCACAUUGAGUUUCAGGUUGCAGCUUACACACCAUUCUGCAAGAUGGCCGAGUUUGUACACCAUGCAGAUGCCUUGCUUUAUGCAUCACUAUAAUACUCAUGAUUUCCUUGAGAUAGACACCUUUCUAUAUAUACAUUUUAUAUAUAUAUGCAGUCCUUAAAACAUAAAUAGACUGUUUAACGAAUAAACUUUUUACCCAUCAUAUUCCAUCAUACCGAUGAGAUUUAAAGUGGUCUCUUUAUGAUUAAAAUAUAGCGGUGAUUUUCCUGCCAGAUUUAGAGUGAAGUAACUAUUUGUGAAUUCAUGAAGGCUGUAAACGUAAAUUCUGUAUUCAUACACUGGAAAUGACGUUUACCAACAUGAAGAAAAUCUGCAACAGUUAUAUAAAGCAGUAGUAGGGAAAUUCCUGCCACGAUGUAAGUAAUCAUGGUCAUGUUUAAUAAUAACAGGGUUCAGCAUGAUCACACUGUGACUCAGUGGAUAGUACUGUUGCCUAGCACCCUACACCCUUCCUCUGUGUGUGUGUGUGUGUAUGUAUUACGUUGUUGGAAGCUAAUGUCCCCACAAUGUGAUAAAAACCUGUUAUUGUGACAUUGUGGGGACCAUUUUUUUCAGUCCCAUGACUACAAUUGAAAACCUAAAAAUGCCAAAAGUCUCAUAUUUUGUUUGGUUAGUUAUGGUUAAGGUUAGGCUCAUCGGGUUAGGCUCAUCAGAUUGGGAUUAGAGUUUCCCCUCUCACAUGAAUGGAGAGUCCCCACAAAGAUAUAAUCACAAAUCUGUGUGUGUGUGUGUGUGUGUGUGUGUGUGUGGAGUUUAGAUGUUCUGCCAAUGUUGUACCCAUUUCCACAAUAUAUUCCAACUUGCUCAGCAGUCUAAAGGCAAACUCUUCGGCUAACUGCAACAGACAGGCAUUCAGCUCAGGGUUUAAUACUAUAGUCUAUAACAAGACUUGGAAAAGAGUGGUUCUUUAAAGGUAUUAUUAUUAUUCCUUAAAUUAUAUUUUUUGCAUGUAUUCUCCUUAUUUUACAUAAAGGUAAAAUUGUUUUAUCUUGCUGUUGAGUUUUGAAUUCUGGCAAGAGACAUAUGGCAUGAAGGCCAUGUUACAAUUGAGCUACUGAUGCAAUUGAAUUAUAUACUAGGCAUUCAAUUUAAAAUCAUAGUUUUCUGUUAAUGAGGUCCCUGUUCUGCGAUCCCAUUAUUUAAUCUGGAAUCCGCUAGAUGAAUAAACGGCAUGUAUUCCUCUGCGAGCAGGGCAGACUUCCGAACUAGUGUCACUAAAAACAUUUAGAGGAAAGAAAAUGCAUAUAAAAAUGUAGACCACAGAGAAAGUGGUGUUUUAACAUUUGGACCGAAACUCUUCCUCCAGUCCUGUUCUCCUCUGGUUUCCGGAUUGCGUGUGAGUUUGUAUGGUUCACUCUGCAGAACUUCACGCCUUUGUGUCUUAAUGUCCUUCUCCCAUCUCCCUCCUACAACAUAACAUAACCCCCACGAUAUUGAAUUACUUUGCAUUUUUGCAGUAAUUCCCGUAAAGCUCGUAGGCUUGUUCUUUAAUUUGGCAAUAAACAAUGUUCAAAUUCAGGCAGUGCAGUUUGAGGUCAGCUUGCAACCGUGAUCGAUAAAAACGGCUUCCAUGACCAUCAGCUUGUUUCAUUUCCCCAUGUUUUAAAAAAGAGUGUAAUAUCACGUUCUUUUUUCCUAGAAUACUGAAAUUGCACAAACAUACAGAUCUUUUAUGACCAUGUUUCUCAAUUCCAGUUUUUUUCAUUAGUUGGCAUUAAUGAAGUCACUGUACUUUUCUGUAGUUUUUUCCUGUACUCAAACAGUUUACUGUUCUACUGGGAAAUAACCGGUCUUGUACCAACUGUGUACUGGAAAUGCAGUCACCCAAUUACCAUACUAUUAAUCCAACAUAGGAUUACAGCAUUCUAUUCCAAGAAGCACAGAGCCUGGGAUACCUGAAAAUCGUGGAAUCCUGGAUGCGGGAUUUCAGCCCAUCGCAAGCUGUACGUUGUACACACCUGCCCUUACAAAAGUGCAGAAUUAUUACUGUUAGUAUCCAUGAAUUUUAACUCACUAUUUAACGUUACUUGUAAGUUGACUUCAUUGUGAGAUGUUUCGUUGUACUCCAUUCUGUACUCUGUAAAUUUAAGUCAAAAACCCAACCUGAAUUUUGCUCUAUAUGAAAUGAAACCCACAUGAACAGAGAGAUAACAUUUGCCAUCAUGUGACUUACUUUGUACUUUACAGGAAGUAAUCAUCUGGUCUCACUUGCACAAUGACUUGGAUUUUUCCAUCCUUUCAUGUGGUCUUGGGUUAUUAUGUAAAUUCCAGCUUUGAAACAUGCCAUAGAGGUUUAUAAGCCAGACCAAUCGAUCCAUUCCCAAGUCUUUGAGCCGACAUUUGAGCAAAGAAGAGCACCAUGCUCCGCAAGAGUGUCACUCAGAGUUUUGGAGCUGCGAUCUCCAGCUGGACCACCGACCACCUGACUGACACUGUGGUCCGCAGAAGUAAGCGCAUGAUCCUGGACACACUCGGAGUGGGCCUUCUGGGAACCAGCACCCCGGUCUUCCAGACGGCCCUCCAGUACAGCAGGAAAUAUGAAGCCAAGGAGAAAAGUUCCAUUUGGGGACGACCGGGACUCAGUCUACCAGCGCAGUAUUCCGCUUUCGUCAAUGGAAUCGCAGUGCACGCCAUGGACUUUGAUGACACCUGGCAUCCAGCCACACACCCCUCGGGGGCGGUGCUGCCGGCUCUUCUCGCCCUGGCCGAGACGCUGCCCGACAAGCCCUCUGGAUUACAACUCCUACUGGCCUUCAACAUUGGCAUUGAGGUGCAGGGGCGUCUUAUGAGAUUCUCCAAUGAGGCGCAGCACAUCCCCAAACGGUUCCACCCUCCAUCGGUGGUUGGUGUGAUGGGCAGUACAGCGGCUACAUCUAAGCUGCUGGGUCUCAGUUCAGCGCAGUGCGUGGAGGCGUUGGGCAUCGCCGCCUCCUACGCAGGUGCCCCUAUGGCCAACGCUGCCACCCAGACCAAACCUCUUCACAUCGGCAACGCCACCCGUAGGGGUCUAGAGGCCUCCCUGCUGGCCCUCUUUGGUUUAGAGGGCAACAAACACAUUCUUGACAUAGACUCGGGGUUCAGAGUGUUCUACAAAGAUUAUACGCCAACAGAGAUUCCCAGUGGCACGUGUGGGGGGUCCUUCAGGUGGGUCCUAGAGGAUCAAGAUGUGGCCUUCAAACGUUUCCCGGCGCACUUGGGGAUGCACUGGGUCGCCGAGGCAGCGGCCGCCGUCCGAGAGAAAUUGCUCGGGGAAGACCCCAACUUUGAUUUCGGUCAGGUCAGGAAGGUGACACUGCGAGUGCCCAAGUCCAAGUACAUAGACUGUCCAUUCCCCAAGACCGAGCACGAAGCCAGGCACUCCUUUCAGUUCAACGGCUGCUCGGCGUUGCUGGACGGCCACGUGUCCACGGAUUCCUUCACCAAUGCCCAAAUUGAGAGAAAGUCCCUAAAGGACCUUCUGCUCACGACCCAGAUAGAGAACCCAGAGGACAAUCCCUCAAACUUUGACAAGAUGUACUGUGAGGUUCAAGUUCAGACAGCAGAUGGGAGAAUCCAGACUGCGAGGUGUGACACCUUUUACGGUCACUGGAGGAACCCACUGAAGCAGGUGGACUUGGUGAGGAAGUUCAAUGCUAAUGCUACCACCGUACUCUCUCUGGAAGUGGCCGAGGACAUUGUCAGCAUUAUAGAUGAUUUAGAGAACAUCCCAGACUGCACAGUGCUCAGCUCAUGCCUUCAAACGACCGAUCAAUCAGCCCGAGGAGCCUCAGUCUGUGGUGCCUAAAUUGCAUUCUCCAAAAACCUGGAAAACUGAACUAAAAACACAUGUAUACAAAAAAAGCAAUAUUGCUCAGCAUUUUAGAUUCAAUAUUCUAGUUACAGUGUUCAGCAAAUGCUUUGAUCCAAGGUGACAUACAGUCACUUGAAAUUGGGGUCAGACAGUUCCCGAUCAAUUUGGGGUUAAGCUCCUUGCUCAAAAGCCCAACAGUGACCUGACUUUGCCGACUUUGGGAUUUGAAGCAACAACAUUCCGAUCACAGGAACACUGCCCCCCCCCCCCCCACCACUACUCCAUGUAAUGACUAACACUAUCAUUUAAUUCUGUAUAAUUAUUUAAAUGAUUGUAUAGCUUUUUUGUGCAUAAUUCUUAACUUAGAGACUAAUAUAUUCUAGGUGUUAGUUUACAUUACUAAAUUAUGUUCGAUUACUCUUACAAAUCAAUAAACAGUGUUUGCUUUCACAAAAGAGUCCAGUUCAGAAGGACCUUCACUGCCAUUUGAAUUUAUUUGUCGCAGUUGCUGCACACUAUACUCUGUAAAUGCAAGUCAAAAAACUUGAAAUUUGCUCUAUACAGGAAAAUCCUACAGGAACACAGAGUAAAAUGCACACAUACAGCAAUAGUUUUUUUUUUUUUUUUUUUU